UUCCAAGAAAAAACAAUUCUGCUAUUUCUCAAAAGCUCCAUCCCCAACCAUGACACCUGAAUAUGACUAUCUUUUCAAGCUUUUGCUCAUUGGAGAUUCCGGUGUGGGAAAAUCAUGCCUUCUAUUGAGAUUUGCGGAUGAUUCUUACAUUGAGAGUUACAUAAGUACCAUCGGUGUAGACUUUAAAAUCCGCACUGUGGAGCAAGAUGGAAAGGUCAUCAAGCUUCAAAUUUGGGAUACUGCUGGUCAAGAAAGAUUUCGAACAAUCACCAGCAGCUACUACCGUGGUGCACACGGCAUUAUUAUUGCCUAUGAUGUCACGGAUGAAAGCAGCUUUAAACAUGUCAAGGAUUGGCUGGCCGAGAUCAACAAGUUUGCUACUAACAACGUUAAUAAGCUCUUGGUAGGGAACAAAUGUGAUUUGGCUUCCAAGAAAGUUGUUUCAUAUGAAACUGCAAAGGCAUACGCUGAUGAGCUUGGGAUUCCAUUACUGGAAACAAGCGCCAAGGAUGCUACUAAUGUAGAGCAGGCAUUCAUGACCAUGACUUCAGAAAUUAAGAGCAGAGUUGCCAGUCAACCAGCGAUGAAUGCCACCAGACCAACAGCCACGGUGCAGAUGCGAGCGCAGCCCAUCAACCAGAACACUUCCUGUUGCUCAUCUUGAUCUGUGACUCUCAGAGGUUGAAUCUGCCGCUGCUGGAAGAAAUGCAUUAGAAUUCCCCUGGCAGAUUCUGUUCUUUUGGGGUAACUUAAUAGUUAUAAGUUCUGAUUUCU